UAUAAGCUCUGUUGACAGAUAUCUAAAAGCAAGUGACAGCAAUGUUGCCAUAUUCAAGGACAGAGAAUUUUCCAAAACACGAGCUGUCCUUUCAAGAAAACAGCAACAGCUGAAAGGCCAGGGACUUGGCAAUAAGCCGAGAGCUGCAGAAACCAUGACAGAGUCUAUCAUUGACCAGAUGCAUGAAGCCAGGACACUAGGUGACUACACUCCAAGGUCUUUGUUACACUCCAUGUGGUUUGUAUGCACAAACCAUUUUGGAAUGCGGACAGGCAAAGAAUGCCGUGAUCUCUGCUGGGGAGAUAUUCAUCUUAGAAUGGACGAAACUUCUGGUGAGGAGUAUCUUAUAUAUGACCAAGAGAGACAAACCAAAACCAGAUCUGGUUCAAAUCCUCGGGACAUUAGAGGUACAAAACCCAAAGCCUAUGCCACUGCUGACGCCCAGAGAGAUCCUGUACAUCUGUACAAGCUGUACAGCCAGAAACGACCGGACGAAAUGUGCAAACCUGACAGCCCAUUCUUCCUUACACCAAAUGAUAAACCACAGAGAUGCUGGUUCAAAAAAACCCCACUUGGAAUAAAUAAACUUUACAACAUUAUGAGAGACAUGAAGGCUGAAGCAGGAAUUGAAAAUCCCAGAAUAACGCCUUACAGCUCCAGAAAACAUCUGGUUCAAACUCUAAACGAUGCUGGGGUCCCUGCCAACCAAAUCAUGCAAAUUUCUGGUCACAAGAAUGUGAAUUCUAUAAACAACUACAGUAAAAUCAACAACGACCAGUCGAGAAAUAUUUCUAAAAUACUGUCGAAUCAGAGAAAUGAAACCAACCUUCAAACUCAAGGAAGUGGUGCUGCCAGUGCUCCGGAGCCAUGGACUGGGCCUUUCGGAUCCAAUCGCUCUCGCAGUCUUUUUGCAAGCAGCACUUUCCACGGACCUGUGACUUUCAAUUUCCACAGUACAUCUGUAUCGGAAACACUGUCACAAAUGUCCACAGUUAACGUAGGCCGAAGUAAUGCAACUGCUGAAGAGUCCGUUUCCAACAUGCUCGAUUCGCCAGUUGCCACUGCCAGACCAUUCAAACGAAUAAGAAUGAUUCCAGAAAGUGACAGUGACUAACUGUAACACUCACGACACGAGAGUUUACAUAUAAGUCCAUUUAAAAUCCCACUGUUACACUGUUCGUAUUGUUUCUCCAGUUAUUUGUUCUAACUGUUUACCGAUUGACUGAAGUAAAACAAAAUGGCGGACUCGAAUUUUGACAAGCGCAAGUGCGCGUAUCUGCGCGUAUGAAUUUCACACAUUGUUUGUUUAAAUAUAUCUGAAGUUACAUGAAUAAAAUUUUUGAAGUACCAAAUAUAUUAUUUAUAUCCCUUACAAAUAAAUUAAUCUCCUUUCUUCUGUUAGACAAAACACAACCUGGACCAAAUUUGUAGAACUAUUUGGGACGCAUAACACAGCGCUGACAGUCGUAAACAGUGGGGCUCCCUGCGGGGGAAUUUUUAAAAAGUAAAACGAUUUUAUAAAAGAAACCACUGAAUAAGCAUGAAAUAAACAGAAAAUUUGUUUGUUUCGGUGAAAGAUCGAAAUUUAUUUCAUCUCGUGAACAUCACAUGUUAAUAUUUUCACUCGUGGCUUCGCCACUCGUGAAAAUAUUCAUGUGAUGUUCACUCGAUGAAAUAAAUUUUCGAUCUUACACCGAAACAA